UGUCUGCCACACAAGGCACUCAGGUCUCAGGCAGUCAGUGUGCCACUCAAUCAGUGUAAUCCAGCCUCUGUUGGUAGUGAAGAGAGAGAGUUAGUGCCUUGCUGUUCUCGUGACUGAAACCUGGAGGAUGCCGCGUAUAGACAAUGACAUCAAGUUAGACUUCAAGGACGUCCUUCUGCGUCCCAAAAGGUCCACCUUGAAGAGCCGGUCCGAGGUGGAUUUGGUGAGGAAUAUAACCUUCAGGAACUCCCAGCAGACAUGGCAGGGCAUCCCCAUCAUAGCAGCAAACAUGGACACAGUGGGCACCUUCGAGAUGGCCACGGCUCUCGCCAAGCACAAAUGCUUCACUACCAUCCACAAGCACUACAGCCUUGAGGAUUGGAAGGAGUUUGGUGAAAACAACAAGGAUGUGCUUGGCUUUGUGGCUGCGUCCUCGGGCACAUCAGACGCUGACUGGGACCGCCUUCAGAAGGUCUUGGCAACCAUGCCUGAGAUCAAAUUCAUAUGUGUAGAUGUUGCCAAUGGAUAUUCAGAAAUCUUUGUGGAAUAUGUCAGAAAAGUCCGCAAGAACUUUCCUGAUCACACCAUCUUGGCUGGCAACGUUGUGACGGGAGAGAUGGUGGAGGAGCUGAUUCUCUCUGGGGCCGACAUCAUUAAGGUUGGGAUUGGCCCGGGCUCAGUGUGCACCACGCGCAAGAAGGCUGGAGUUGGCUACCCACAGCUCUCAGCCGUCCUGGAGUGUGCUGACGCUGCCCAUGGCCUGGGGGGUCACAUCAUCUCAGAUGGUGGCUGCACAUGCCCGGGAGAUAUUGCCAAGGCAUUUGGAGCUGGAGCUGACUUUGUCAUGAUGGGUGGCAUGCUGGCAGGCCAUGACCAGUCAGGAGGAGAUUUAAUAGAAGUGAAUGGAAAGAAGAUGAAGCAGUUCUAUGGGAUGUCAAGUGCCACUGCUAUGCAGAAGUACUCAGGAGGAGUGGCUGAAUACAGGGCAAGUGAAGGAAAGUCAGUGGAAAUCCCAUACAAGGGUGACGUGAACAACACAAUCCUGGACAUCCUGGGAGGACUGCGAUCUGCCUGCACCUACACAGGAGCUGGCAAACUGAAGGAGCUUCCCAAACGCACCACCUUCAUCCGGGUCACCCAGCAGACCAAUGAGAUCUUUGGAGGGCUUCUGGCCGAGAAACAGUCUUGAUCACUGAAGAAUAUUAUGUCACUCAGUCAAAGCUUAUGUGGUAGGUAUUUAUGGGGUUUAAUUUAUUUACAGUAUAUAUUAUAACUAUCACAUGUUAUCCUCGAAGGUACUCAAUUCAUGUAAGUCUCUCAUAAUUCAAAUAUAUAUAUUUCUCAUGCACUGUCCCACCUUCCAUUUUAAUUGUAGAUUAUGGUGAUUAUUAUAAUUAUUGUUUGAUAGAGCUGUUUCUUCAUAAAAUUACGUUAGGUGCCACAUCUGUACUUCUUGAUCUGUUGGGAAGACAUUCAAAUCACGUGUGGUGUUGUUUGGUGGGUGGUGUAAUAGGCCUCGCAUCACUGUCAUGUAAUAGGUUUUUCAGACUCCACAAUAAUAUAAUGAUUUCACUAAAAACGAAUUAAAAUUAUUAAUGUAAAAAUGUGGGCUCUUCUGUCAGACUCCUCAACAGAGUGGGGGAAAUGACCUGAGCUGCUCACCCAGCAGGGAAACAAUUUUUCUGGGUCUUUAUUAUGGCAGGUGUGGAAGACCAUACAUACAUGGCUCACACUGAAGCAAACUCCUUAGGCUGAGUCGGGUUAGUUGGUUGGAAUUUAUUUAAUCCUAGAAACUGGUGAAUUGUGCAACAUUACCUUCAUGGUCCCAGAACGGAUGUCAUGCAUUAUAUACCUCCAGUUUUUGGAUGACAUACUAAUUGUCAUACUAAGUGUGGCCUGAGCAAGCACAGUAGUAUUAUAACAUUCACAUGCUUUUUAUUCACAGACAUCAUCUUAUAAACUUUUGAAAUUUUAGUUUGGUGUGAUGAAGUGGAAGGUAUAAAUGACUUCAUCCUAUAUCUGAAAGGAGUUGAAGAAUCAAAAGAAAGAUUUUAUUGUGCCAUAUGAUUUAUUCCUUACUAUUAUGAAUGUCAUGCUAUUAUGUUGGUUUGUGAGGAGCAUUUGAAUUUCAUGGUUACUGCAACAUAUGUUGAUCAUCAUAGUACAACAGUUACAAUCAGUAAAGACAAUUAUUCUAUGUUUAUAAGAGUUUUCAAUUGAGAACUUCAAAUCAUAAGCUGUACAGCAAUAUUCUUUAUUUAGUAUAAAACAAGACAUUGUGUAUUAAUUUAAUCAGCAUUGAUGAGCUUAAGGCUUGGCCAAAAAAGUUUUGUCUCAUCAGCAGCGCAUCAGUAUUGUUAGAAGUUUAGGACGCUGUGUAGUGUGAAGGAGAGUUGAGGGAAAACUUUGAGGAAGGACAAACAGCCCACUCUAUAAAGGUGAUAAGGACUGUGCCUUGGUUUGAGUAAGUCUACAUAUUGCUACUGCCCUCAUGUUAUCUGUGUGUGUGUGUGUGUGUGUGUGUGCAUGCGUGUGAGAGCAUGGCCGUCUGCCGUGUUCUCUCAUGCUGGUGUACCGGUGGAAGAGGUUCAUUGCAGCUGCUAUGUUCAUAUUCCCUAGAAUGUGGCUGAUGUGAAAUGCCAUCUUGAAAAUUUGUAUGUAUUGAAUUUUUCCUGUUCUUAUUUUAAUUGGGAUUGCAGUAUGUGAAACUUGGUUGUCAUUAUUUCUGAUGUGUAUUAUAGUAGUGAGCAAAGCACUCGCUUAUUUCAAAUGGUUCUGUAUUUAAUCAUUAAAGGCAACAUAUGGUGUAA